CUAAAAAUUUUUUUCAAUAAAUUUUCAAAACACAUGAAUUGAUUAUUUUGACCUGUACAUCAACGUUGCUUAGCGACCGACGUCUCCGUCGAAGUAAACAAAUAUGAAAAUGGCACCGGUCGAGAAUCCAUCUACCGACAACAAAAACACAAUCAUUUUCAACAAUUCAAAAAAAGAAUUGUUUAAACUCAAUGAAAAUUACAAAGCUUUUCAGCGAAAGCUAAAAAUUUAUUGGAAAAUGAUAAUAAAUAAAGAAGAGAUAAGUUCGCAGUUGUUACAGAAUUGUACUUUACUGAUUUUGCCAGGAUGCCAGCAACCUUUCGAAGAGACCGAACUGAAUUGUUUAAAAUCAUUUAUCAAAGAUGGAGGCCGAAUUUUGGUGCUACUGGCUGAGAGUAACCACGAGGAUGCCAGUAAUACCAACAUACUCUUAGAAGAAUUCGGGAUAAUUCCAAAUAUGGAUUCCUUGAUACGCACUCACUAUUACAAAUAUUUUCACCCCAAGGAGUGUUUUAUCGGCGACAGCUCCAUAAAUACCUCUCUAAAUAGGGAUAAAGUUAACAUAAAUCUCGUAUAUCCUUUCGGUUGCACGAUGAACGUUAGCAAACCCAGUGUGGUGGCUUUCACAAGUGGAUCUGCAUCUUUCCCCGUGGAUCGCCCCCUGGGUGCUUUAUAUUACGACCCGAGCAGCGGGGGCCGUUUGGUGGCCGUGGGCUCCGGUCACAUGUUCGCCGAUAAGUACAUCGACCAGGAAGCCAACGAAAAGUUCAGAGAACUUCUCUUCGACUUUCUCACAAAUUCGCACAGCGUCAGGUUUGCCCCCUCGGAUCACGAUGACAUCGACAUUUCCGACCAGCAUAGUGUGCCAGACACGGCGGAGUUGGCCGAACGGCCCAAGCUUUGUCUGACCGACGCGAUAAGUCAUACUGUUUCCAUAGAUUACACCCAACUUUUUGACCAUAAAACAUACUCAAUGAAUACAAACUUGGUUCCCGAAGCGCUCAAACUCUACGACGAAUUGGGAGUGAAACAUCAGCCCCUCAAGAUCAUUACGCCUAAGUUUGAAGCGCCACUGCCGCCCCUCCAGGCGGCGGUAUUUCCCCCAUCAUUCCGCGAGUUGCCGCCUCCUCCUUUAGAACUGUUCGACUUAGAUGAAGCGUUCAGUUCCGUAUUCUCAAAGUUGGCCCAGUUUACGAACAAGUACACGAUGACAGCGACCAAAAUCGACGACGACGAUCUGCAAUUUUAUAUUAAAGAGUGCAGUAAAAUUGUCAAAGUGGAAGGACAAAUGGACGGGGCGGCCAGCAUUCUUCAUCACAUGGGGGAGCAGAUAGCGAAGUUUAAGAGUAUCGAUACGAUAAAAUGAAUGUAAACCAAACAAAAAAUGAAAUAAAGAUUGCACUUAUUUCGG